AUGGCGAAUGGAGAUGGACAUCCAACUUUACAUCUUGCUGCAUCGCUGGGUCAUCUGGAAGCAAUCAGAACUAUACUUAGGCAUGGAGAAAAUGUGAACAAAGUGGCCUGGAAAGGCUACACUGCUUUACACAUUGCUGCUAACAAUGGUCAUGUUGACGUCAUCAAAUAUCUGAUCAGUCAAGGAGCUGAGGUUAAUAAGGGAGAUAAUGAUGGUUGGACUGCAUUACACAGUGCUGCUAUGUAUGGCCAUCUUAACGUCAUCAAAUAUCUGAUCAGUCAAGGAGCUGAGGUUAAUAAGAGAGAUAAUGAUGGUUGGACUGCAUUACACAGUGAUGCUUACAAUGGCCAUCUUGAAGUCACCAAAUAUCUGAUCAGUGAAGGAGCUGAGAUCAAUGGGGGUAAUAAAGAUGGUCAGACUGCUCUACACAUCGCUGCUAAGAAUGGCCGUCUUGACGUCAUCAAACUUCUGAUCAGCCAAGGAGCUGAGGUUAAUAAGGGAGAUAAUGAUGGUCAGACUGCUCUACACAUUUCUGCUAAGAAUGGCCAUCUUGACGUCAUCAAAUAUCUGAUCUACCAAGGAGCUUAUGUCAAUAGGAGUGUUGAAGGUGGUCAGACUGCACUACACAUUGCUGCUAAGAAUGAUCAUCUUGACUCCAUCAUGUAUCUGGUCAGGCAAGGAGCUGAGGUUAAUAAGGGAGAUAAUGAUGGUUGGACUGCAUUACACAGUGCUGCUAUGAAUGGCCAUCUUGACGUCAUCAAAUAUCUGAUCAGUCAAGGAGCUGAGGUUAAUAAGGGAGAUAAUGAUGGUUGGACUGCAUUACACAGUGGUGCUAACAAUGGCCAUCUUGACGUCAUUAUAUAUCUGAUCAGUGAAGGAGCUGAGAUCAAUGGGGGUAAUAAAGAUGGUCAGACUGCUCUACACAUCGCUGCUAAGAAUGGCCGUCUUGACGUCAUCAAACUUCUGAUCAGCCAAGGAGCUGAGGUUAAUAAGGGAGAUAAUGAUGGUCAGACUGCUCUACACAUUUCUGCUAAGAAUGGCCAUCUUGACGUCAUCAAAUAUCUGAUCUACCAAGGAGCUUAUGUCAAUAGGAGUGUUGAAGGUGGUCAGACUGCACUACACAUUGCUGCUAAGAAUGGUCAUCUUGACUCCAUCAUGUAUCUGGUCAGGCAAGGAGCUGAGGUUAAUAAGGGAGAUAAUGAUGGUUGGACUGCAUUACACAUCGCAGCUAAGAAUGACCAUCUUCGUGUCCUCAUAUUUCUGAUCAACCAAGGAGCUGAGGUCAAGAGGGGUGAUAAUGAUGGUCAGACUGCUCUACACAUUGCUGCUAAGAAUGGCCAUCUUGACGUCAUCAAAUAUCUGAUCAACCAAGGAGCUCAUGUCAACAGGAGUGAUAAAGGUGGUCAGACUGCACUACACAUUGCUGCUAAGAAUGGUCAUCUUGACGUCAUCAUGUAUCUGAUCAGCCAAGGAGCUGAGAUCAAUGGGGGUAAUAAAGAUGGUCAGACUGCUCUACACAUCGCUGCUAAGAAUAGUUACAUUGACAUUCUGAAGGUCCUACUUGCAAACGGAGCACGAUCUGACACGGAAGACAAAGCAGGCAACAUACCGAUCCACUAUGCAAGAGAUGAAUCAGUCAGACAGAUGAUUUUUCCAAGGUAA